AUGGCCGACUCUGACUCGCCCUCGAUUGCCGGCACGCUGGCCCUCUACCCUCUCCCGGGCGGUGGCCAGCGGCCGUACUUCACCUCUGGUGACGAGUCCUCCUCCCGCGCAGUCCUGUUCAUCGGCGGACUCUGGGGCGGCUUCCUGUCGACGCCGUUCCUGCCUUCCCUCUCAGGUGCUCUGAAGGAAGCCGGCUGGCAACUUCUGAAUCGAGAUGCGGACGAGAUGGAAGCCCUUGUGCAGCACCUCCGCAGCAAGGGCGUGCGCGACAUCGUGCUCAUGGGCCACUCCACCGGUUCGCAGGACGUGAUCCACUAUCUCUCCAGCAAGCGCGACGAGGUGCAGGGCGGCAUCAUGGUCGCGCCUGCUUCGGACCGGGAAUUCUUCGAGCGUGACCCGGACGCCGAGUGGGCCGCGGCGCUGAAGAAGGCCAAGGCGCUCAUUGCCGAGGGCAAGCCGAGGGAGACCCUCAUGGUCUCCGGCAUGCGCAUGAGCGCGUACCGGAUGCACUCGCUUGUGGGCGUCGGUGGCGACGACGACUACUUCUCCUCCGACCUGCCCGACACAGCCGACGGCGGACCGCACGUUCACCCGCUCUCGACGUCGUUCGGGAAACUGUCUGCUCCGGCGCUCGCACUCUGGUGCGAAGGCGACCACUGCGGGAACGGCGACCAGCGGCCCCUCCUCCGGCGGUGGGAGGCGGCAGCGCAUGGCAAGUUGACCUGGCACGUUCUCGAGGGCGCGUGGUCGAGUUCCUGA